CGAAAAACUCUUUAAACUCCCCCAUCCAAUAUCUUCUUCUUCACGAUUCGACGAAAAGGUUCGUAGGAUCCCAGUUUUUGUCAUCCGAAUCAACAGAGCAAGAGAAAAAGAAAGAAAGGGAAAAUAAAAGAAAAAGGAAGAAAGAAACUUGGACUAAUUCAACGAUUCUAAAGGACGGUUUGAUUGGGAAAAAGAAAUGGGUGUUUCUGUUGAUGCCUUGUGGGCUCAAAACCUUCGCUUUUCUUCUCGGAAAAACAAAAGAUUUUGGGGCCUAGUGAAGCAACAUGAGGAAGAAUAGACUUGCAAAGGGAAGAAGAAGGAGAAGUGAUAUUAGGAGGAACCUUCAGAAGAUAAUGAAGUGUCUAUGCUCUGAGGAGCAGUUGAGAGCGGCAAAUGAAAUGAUCCCUUCAUCUGAAUCUCUUGCAAUUGACGAUCACGGAAGCGAGAUCUUCUCACGAGCUGCCGAGCUCGCAAAGAAACCGGACACCGGUAAUAUAGAAGAAGCUGAAUUGUCCCUGCGCGAGAGUGGUUGCUUGAACUACGAGGAAGCAAGAGCAUUGUUAGGAAGAUACGAGUAUCAGAAAGGAAACGUGGAAGCUGCUUUACAUGUAUUUGAGGGGAUAGACAUAUCUGCAGUGGCACCCAAGAUAAAAUCCACCCUUGCUAGAAGAGGAGACCGUCGUAGAAGAAGCUCUCAAAAUUUUGCAACCCCUCCAUUGUCUAUACAUGCUGUCACUUUACUUUUGGAGGCUAUAUUUCUCAAAUCAAAAUCACUGCAGGCUCUUGGGAGGUUCAAAGAAGCGGCUGAAUCGUGCAAAGUUAUUCUGGACAUAGUUGAAUCUUCUUUACCAGAAGGCUUGCCUGAACAUUUCAGUGCUGAAUGUAAAUUGCAGGAGACUCUAGCUAAGGUCGUCGAGUUGCUCCCAGAAUUAUGGAAACUUGCGGAUUGUCCAAACGAAGCAAUCUUGUCAUACCGACAGGCUUUACUCCAUCCUUGGAAUCUUGAUACCGAAACGACUGCUGGGAUCCAAAAAGAGUUUGCUAUUUUUCUUCUCUACAGUGGAGGUGAAGCAAGUCCCCCAACCCUCCGUUCCCAAAUGGACAGUUCAUUUGUACCUAGAAACAAUUUAGAAGAGGCAAUACUUCUGUUUAUGAUACUACUAAGAAAAGUCUCUUUAAAGCGAAUUGAAUGGGAUCCCUCAAUCUUUGACCACCUUUCGUUUGCUCUAUCUAUUUCUGGGGAUACCAAAGCUUUGGGUAAUCAAGUGGAAGAACUGCUUCCGGGUAUUAUUGAUCGAAAAGAAAGGUAUUACGCGCUAGCUCUUUGUUAUUAUGGAGCAGGUGAGGACUUUGUUGCUUUGAAUCUAUUGAAGAAAUUGUUGAGUAAUGGGGAGGAUCCGAACUGUACUUCAGCUCUACUUAUGGCCUCAAAGAUAUCUGGGGAAGACCCAAAUCUGGCAGAUGAAGGGGUACAAUUUGCUCGCCGAGCCCUGGAAAGUUUGGAUGGUAAAUGUGAUCAGUUGGAAAGUACUGCCAAUUAUCUAUUAGGCGCUUCUCUUUCAGCACAGUCCAAAGCAGUUGUUACUGAUUCUGAGAGGGUGUCAAAACAAUCUGAGGCACUUCAGGUUCUUGAAACCGCCAGGAGGAUUAUAGGAAUGAGUGACCCUAUUGUUCUUUACCAUCUCAGCCUAGAAAAUGCCGAGCAGAGGAAAUUAAAUGCCGCACUUUUUUAUGCAAAGAACAUGCUUAAACAGGAAGGCGGGUCUAAUGUAAAGGGUUGGUUAUUGUUGGCGCGGGUAUUGUCAGCUCAGAAACGGUUUGCAGAUGCUGAGACAGUCAUAGAUGCUGCUUUGGAUCAGACGGGGAAUUGGGAUCAAGGAGAACUGUUGCGAACCAAAGCCAAACUUCACAUUGCUCAGGGUCAUUUGAGAAGGGCCAUUGAGACAUAUACUCAGCUUCUUGCCGUUCUUCAAGUUCAGCACAAAAAUCUUGGUCCUGGGAAGAUGUCAUAUAAGAGUGGUCAAAGAUCUAGAAGUUUGGAAUUGGAAAUAUGGCAUGAUCUGGCUUAUAUGUACAUAAGUCUUUCACAAUGGCGUGACGCUGAGAUAUGUCUUUCUAAAUCCAAGUCCAUCACUUCUUACUCGGCUGUUAGAUGGCACGUUACAGGUGUUUUAUACGAAUCCAAGGGCCUCUACAAAGAAGCUCUAAAAGCUUUUCUAGGCGCGUUAGACAUAGAUCCCACCCUUGUUGCGAGCUUGAUCUCAACAGCCAAGAUUCUCAGGAAGCUCGGCAACCAAUCGGAAACAGUUGUUCGAAGCUUUCUGAUGGAGGCGCUACGGCUUGAUAGAAUGAAUCAUUCUGCGUGGUACAAUCUCGGCUUAUUCUAUGAAGCCAGGGGUAGUGCUUCAUCAUCAAUAGAAGCUGCAGAAUGUUUCGAGGCUGCCAUUUUUCUCGAGGAAUCUGCACCCAUUGAACCCUUCCGAUAACUGUCUAUAUACGUGAGCAAACUUUGUGGUGUAGAGCUUUGAAUUUCUCUCCUCCGGCCUUCAGGGUCAAAGUGGAAAAGCCUUCAGGGUCAAAUGGAUAGGCAGAGCCAGAAUUGCGAAGUGUUUAUUAUUAUAAAACAGAAGAAGCAAGAAGAAAGUUAAAAUAAGAUGAAUAAUAAUAAUCCCAUGUUUAGAAGAUGCCAAAAUGAAAUGGAAAGAAAAAAAAAAAAAAAAAAAAAA